AUGGCCACACUUGAUACCCAGUAUAAUGCUCUUCAACAGGAGAUAUGGUCUAUUUCCAGCACAGACCAGAGUGAGCUAGCUGAAGGUAGGGAAGAAAUUGAUGGCAGUUUACCCAUUAUUGAUGCUUCAGACUGCCCACAUGUUCAAAUCCAGUUCAUAAGAAAUAAUGGUUUUGGUGUUAACCAUGACAAGAUAACACCUCCCUGCAAGCCUGUUCCUGAGGACUACAGACAGGACACCAAAGCAUCCUUCAUGCAAGAUCUCCUACAUCAAUUUGGCCCCUUCUACAUAGAUGGAUCUAUAUCUCAUUUACCCUUUCUGCACGUAAUGGGGGACUCUGACCUGAAAUCAGAAUACUACCUGAAGGACACGAUAUUUCCUGUUUGUAUCCGAUCAACACUGAUCAACAGCACUGAAUAUCCAGAUAGUAUUUCUGCCUGCAUUCCCCCUGCACGGUGUGAGGACACCAAUGAACUUUUCAGACUUGAUAUGCCUGAAUAUAAGAUAAAGAAAUUUGCACUGCAGCAAACUGUCACCACAACACCUUCAGACAACUCCAUUGUUGCCACAGGGGUCUGUCGUACUGAUGCCCAUGCUGUAAGUAUUCAUUUUACAGAAGGCCUUUUUCCUGUAAUCCUUGGUCAUGAAGGUGCCGGUAUUGUGGAAAGUGUUGGACCAGGAGUUACCAGAGUUAAACCAGGUGACAAAGUUAUCCCUCUCUAUAUUCCACAAUGUGGUGAAUGCAAGUUCUGUUUGAAUCCAAAGACAAACCUUUGUCAGAAAAUAAGGACUGCUAUUUCUGAUCAAGACCUGAUGGCUGAUAACACAAGCAGGUUCACAUGCAAGGGAAAGCAGAUAUACCACUUCAUGGGAACCAGUACCUUCUCUGAAUACACUGUCUGUGCUGAAACUUCAGUUGCUAAGAUUGAUGCUGCAGCACCUCUCGAUAAAGUCUGUCUGAUUGGCUGUGGUUUCUCCACUGGAUACGGUGCAGCCAUUAACACUGCAAAGGUUGAACCUGGUUCUAGCUGUGCUGUAUUUGGUUUGGGAGGAGUUGGACUCUCAGCGGUUAUGGGAUGUAAAGAAGCAGGUGCAUCUAGAAUUAUUGCUGUUGAUAUCAACAAAGACAAAUUCCCAAAAGCUCUAGAGCUGGGAGCAACUGAAUGCAUCAGUCCUAAAGAUUACAAACAACCAAUUCAACAAGUAAUAGCUGAAAUGACUGGUGGUGGAGUGGAUUUCUCUAUUGAGUGCAUUGGAAUAGUUGAUGUCAUGAAAGCUGCUCUAGAGUGCACCACAGUAGGCUGGGGUACAUGUGCAAUUGUUGGCGUGGCAUUGGGAGACCAGGGAGUGCCUGUUGCUCCCUUCCAGUUGAUAAUGGGACGUACCCUGAAAGCCACAUUCUUUGGAGGCUGGAAGAGUGUGGAUAAUGUCCCAAAACUUGUGUCUGACUACUUAUCAAAGAAAUUUAAUCUGGAUGCACUAGUGACUCACACUUUGCCAUUCGACAAAGUAAAUGAGGCUUUUGACCUUAUGCGUGAAGGGAAGAGCAUCCGAACAGUAUUGACAUUUUAAAAGUGAAGAGCUUGAAGCUACAUAUGGGUUGCCACCCAUAGAAAGUAAUAAAGCUUUCUGGAAAGAAGAAUUGCACAGGGGGGAGCAUCAGACACUGAUAAGAACAUUAAAAAAAUACAAAUACAAAUUAGGAUAUUUUCAAGAUAAUUUACAUUUGAUUCUAAUUUCACAUACCUUUUUCUAUUAGUGCAAUAGUUACACUGCAUAUUAUUUUCCAUGCUUUAUCUUAAUCAUAUAAUUAUUAUUCUGACUGUAAUACCUCCAUAAAAAGAAAAAAAAACACUAAACAAAUAAAAGGACUAUAUCACAUGAUUAAGGAAAUGUGCAUUUUGAAUAACCAAGUGUCUUAAGCGGUUUGUUCUAUAUUUGAAUCGGAAGAACUUCAAGGGACAUCAUGUUUGGUAUAGAAAGUGGAUAAACUACAGUAUCAAGCUCAGGAACAAACUGCCCACUAUGAGAUGCAGUUGUGCUAAUAAAUGCUCUGUUCUUUUAAAAGGCUUCUCAGUAAAACUGUGCAUAUAUAUAUAUGUAUACUAAUUGCAUUGUGGAACUUUCACUAAAACAAACUUUGAUCCUGAAUUAAUUGUAUGAAAAAUUAAACUGGAUAUAAUCUUU